AUCGAUUUACUGAACCAUCGUUUAGAAAUAUACCUACACACCACUUAGAGAGAAAUAGAAGACAGAGAGAUGGCAUUGGCAGCAGAGGAAACAGGGAUUCUGCAAGAAGCUUAUCCAACGAAAGCUAGGGAUGGUCUCUCCAAUUAUGCCAACAGCUCCACACAUGAGAGAAAAGCUACCGUUUUUGCCAAAGAAUUGAUAAAGACAGCAAUUGCAGAAAAGCUUGACAAAGAAAUCUUACUUUCUUCCAAAACUUUCUGCAUUGCAGAUUUGGGUUGCUCUGUCGGACCCAAUACAGUUUUGGCAGUACAAAAUAUAUUCGAAGCAGUCGAGUCCAAGUGCCAGUACUAUCUCCACGAAUUGAAUUCCCAAAUCCCAGACUUUCAAGUUUUCUUUAACGAUUAUACCUCAAAUGAUUUCAACCUACUUUUUACAUCCCUCCCUAAUGACCGGCGAUAUUAUGCAGCAGGUGUUCCAGGAUCUUUCUACGGUCCCUUGUUUCCUGAGAAUUCUCUUCACUUUGUUCAUUCUUCUUAUGCCAUCCAGUGGCUAUCUGGAGUACCAAAAGAGGUGAUGAACAAGAACUCCCCUGCUUGGAAUAAAGGCAAGAUUCACUACUCGAAAUCGGGUGACGAAGUAGUUUUGGCUUAUAAAGCUCAGUGUGAUAAGGACAUGGAGCAAUUUCUGCAAGCCAGGGCAAAAGAGAUUGUGUGUGGAGGAUUGAUGGUACUAAUUUUUCCUGGAGUCCCCAAUGGAACUCAUCAUUCUCAAAGCCUGCCAAAUAUGAUUUUGGAGCUUCUUGGAUCUUGCCUCAUGGACUUGGCAAGGAAGGGAAUAAUUAGUGAGGAGAAAGUAGACUACUUUAAUAUGCCAACAUAUCUGAUGUCUCCCAAAGAACUAGAAGCUGCUGUUGAAAGAAAUGGUUGUUUUACCAUAGAGGGAAUGGAAGGUCUGCCUCUUCCUCUACCAAGUGACUCUUCCGCUGUUGCAUCUCAUCUGAGAGCUGCCGUGGAAGGGAUGAUCAAGCUGCAUUUUGGUGAAAAGAUUUUGGAUGAGCUCUUUGACUGCUACAGGAAAAAAAUUGAUGAGAAUUUUUCCAUUUUAAAGUCAGGAAAUCUAGUCAACUUCUUUUUCCUUCUUAAACGCAGAGCAGCAAACUAGGUACUAGCUAUAAAUUGCCUUCUUGCUGCUUUGUCCUUCUAUUAUUUGUGUUAAUGCAACUAUGGUUUGAUUAGAGGAAUACAAAAAAGUACCAUGAUUUGUAAUAUGGGAAAAAGAAGCAAAAGUGGAGGUAAAGUCGGCGAAUGAUACUAUUUACAAGUUGGUUUCUUUUAGGGGAGUUGGUAAGUAAUUCUAAAGAAUCUAAAGAAGCUAUUUGUCUUAUUCAUGGUUCUGAAACUUUCUUGGGGAAGGACUGCCAUUUAGUGGAGGACAUUUAAAUGCUGUUAGCUUCUCAUAUCAUUUUCUUUUUCUUUUGCUCCAAGAGAAGCAAACAAAGCUACUCAUUUUUAGCUCGCCAUUCUUUAUCUCUAUCUUAUUUAGAAUCUUGGAUGGAGGAUGGACCAGAUUGGUUGAAUCCUACUCUUGAAGACGAAAUGUAUACUGUUUCUAUU